CCUUCCCCUCACCCCACAUCACAUUGACACAAACUCAAGGACUUCUCAUGGGCGGUGUCGGGCACAGUUUAUUUCCUCCAGCGACAUUUCCCCCUCGGCAGAUCCCGUUGCAGGCACCGCUGGGAUGGCCUCGCGGAGCGUGGAGAUCCAGCUCACCAACAACACGAGGGAUGUGACCCUGCGCUCCCCCAGGACCUACUGCUACAGCGGCUACAGCUCCGUGCCCCCCAGCCCCAUCAUCCCACCAGGAGCCAUGGAAUGCUGCACCUUCACCAACUCCCCGCACCUUUUCCGGGGCAGCGUGGGCGUCCUGGUGUACGAGGCAGAGGCCUUCACCCUGGCCAUCCUCUUCUCCAACCCUUACAACUACAAGUUUUUCAACAUGGAGUUUGCUGUGGAGAUCUCCCCGGAAAAAGCCCACCUUGGCUUACUGGAGGAUAUCUAUAAGAGGAUGUACAGAGGUUUACCCUCAAAUCCCAGCAACAGGGGCAUGAUCCAGCUUGUCAAGCUCCGUGCAGCCCAGGAGACCAUGCAGGUCUCUGCUGGUGGCACACAGGUCAUGGCCACCAUGUCCAGUGCUGCAAAAUCAAUCAUUAAAGUAGUUGUGGAGAACGAAGACUGUCCUCCCCCGUAUUUAGAGAAAGUACCACCCCUUUUCUUUAUGCAACAUGACCCAAAGAAAGGGAGAAGAUACCAGAAGAAGCAAGGAAAAAAUGAUCCUUGCUUCCUGUAGAUGCUAAGCAGAGCGUGCUGCCCUCAGAAAACGCUGAAGUAGAGCAAUAGUGCACAGAUGUUAAUUUGUUUUGUUUUGCUUUGUUUUCCUUCUUCUCUUCUUGUUCUUCCUUGCGGUUGGAAGCGGCAAUGGCAGCCGAGCCAGCAAAUCAUGGCAAUAAAAAAGCACUGCAAAUAACAAUAACAGAAAA